AGUAGUCAUUGACAUUCAAACCGUACACCUCUCACCUUUCACUUCUCCCACCAGCAUAUCGCCCGACAAGCCCAACAUGUCGACCGACCCGAAGUACGAUGAACUCCACAAGCAGAUGUUUGAAGAAGGAUUGAAAAUGAGACGGAGUGUGGUGGGGGACGAGUACGUCAACCGCGCAUUGGAGAAUGGCUCAACGGAGUUUUCACGAGCUGGCCAGGAGAUCGUAACAGAGUGGUGCUGGGGUUAUGCCUGGACGCGGCCAGGUCUCACAAAACAGCAGAGAAGUCUGCUCAACAUUGGCAUGCUUAUGGCGCUCAAUCGCGCCCCCGAGCUUGCUGUCCAUAUUCGAGGCGCCAGGAAUAAUGGACUAUCUGAACUCGAGAUCCGCGAGGCCAUCAUUCACGCAACAACAUACUGCGGCGUUCCGGCGGGCGUAGAUGCUAUGAAAACAGCCGAGAAGGUUCUCAAUGACAUGGCUGAGAAGGGAGAGAUGCCCCGGGAGCUGGCGAACAGGAGCGAGAGGGCAUAA